UGAGAAAAACAGCACAAGUCAAUCUUACGGCUCCCCCCUAAGUGACUCUGUCAAAGUCUCUUAUACUGGUGGGAAAAACUCCUGAACUUGGUGCUUCAUUCACUUGAUGAGGCUCCCAAAGCCCAGCAUCUCCAUGAAUCCUGUUGGUGAGGUUACCUGGGGUCAGGACAUCAUUAUCACUUGUUCAAUCUCAACUCAGGUUUUAGGUGGAACAUUCAUCCUGCAAAAGACCUCGGGAUCAUUCAGGAAGACCCAAGCACUGAGUAACAACUCUGCUAUCUUCAGCAUCCCUCAGGUGGACUUUAAUAAUGAAGGACUGUACCAGUGUCAUUAUGAGAAAAGCCACUCAAGUCAAUAUUACAGUGCCCCCCUAAGUGACCCGGUUAGAUUCUCUCUUACUGUGAGCUUCCCAAAGCCCAGCAUCUCCCUGAAUUCUGUUGGUGAGGUUAUCAGGGUUCAAGACACCAAGAUCCUUUGUUCGAUCUCAACUCAGGUUGUAGGUGGAACAUUCGUCCUGCAGAAUACCUUGGGAUCAUUUAGGAAGAUCAAAAAAUCAAGUACCAGCUCUGCUACCUUGCAUAUUCCACAAGUGACCUUUGACAACGAAGGAUCGUACCAGUGCCAGUAUGAGAAAAGCAGCUCAAGUCAAUCUUACAACACUGUCCAAAGUGAUUCUGUCAGACUCUCUGUGUCUUUGUUGCUGCUGCUCUCCUCUGUAGCUGCUGGGAUCCUGCUGCUGCUCGUGCUGGUCUUGUUGCCAGUCUUUCUGGUCUGCAGGAGAAGACGACGAGCUAAGCAGCCUGAAGCAGUUGUCCUAAUUCAAUUAUCUGUCAUCGCUGGGGAUGAUUAUUAAAGCAGAGAGGAUGAUGAUGAGGACGAGGAGGAGGACUAUGUGAAUGCUGAUCCAGUGGACAGCAAGAACCUCAGGAGCAAGGAUAACCCUAAUCCUAAGUCAUGAAUUUGAGGACCCAGAGACAGAGGCUCUAAUGUAAAUUUCUUUCAAAAUUUCAAACGGUGGACUGUUUGAUAUAAAUGAUUUGACAAAAACUGACAUAUCCUUGUCUUGGAUGUAUUACCAUGAAAAGACAUGUAAUAAAUGUGCUCAGGGGCAACACAUUGUCAAAUUUGACACAAUAAAUGUGUGAGCCAUUUUAACAC